AUGUUGGCACACAUUCUCAACCAUCUUGUUGAACACACCCCCAAGCCACAACCAUCAUGUGGAACACGCCCCCAAGCCACAACCAUCAUGUGGAACACGCCCCCAAGCCACAACCAUCAUGUGGAACACGCCCCCAAGCCACAACCAUUAUGUGGAACACACCCCCAAGCCACAACCAUCAUGUGGAACACGCCCCCAAGCCACAACCAUCAUGUGGAACACGCCCCCAAGCCACAACCAUCAUGUGGUACACACCCCCAAGCCACAACCAUCAUGUGGAACACGCCCCCAAGCCACAACCAUCAUGUGGAACACGCCCCAAGCCACAACCAUCAUGUGGAACACGCCCCCAAGCCACAACCAUCAUGUGGAACACGCCCCCAAGCCACAACCAUCAUGUGGAACACACCCCCAAGCCACAACCAUCAUGUGGAACACACCCCCAAGCCACAACCAUCAUGUGGAACACACCCCCAAGCCACAACCAUCAUGUGGAACACACCCCCACGCCACAACCAUCAUGUGGAACACGCCCCCAAGCCACACAACCAUCAUGUGGAACACGCCCCCAAGCCACACACCCAUCAUGUGGAACACACCCCCACGCCACAACCAUCAUGUGGAACACACCCCCACGCCACAACCAUCAUGUGGAACACGCCCCCAAGCCACACACCCAUCACGUGGAACACGCCCCCACGCCACAACCAUCAUGUGGAACACACCCCCAAGCCACAACCAUCAUGUGGAACACACCCCCAAGCCACACACCCAUCAUGUGGAACACGCCCCCACGACACAACCAUCAUGUGGAACACGCCCCCAAGCCACACACCCAUCAUGUGGAACACGCCCCCAAGCCACAAACAUCAUGUGGAACACGCCCCCAAGCCACAACCAUCAUGUGGAACACGCCCCCAAGCCACACACCCAUCAUGUGGAACACGCCCCCAAGCCACAACCAUCAUGUGGAACACGCCCCCAAGCCACAACCAUCAUGUGGAACACGCCCCCAAGCCACACACCCAUCAUGUGGAACACGCCCCAAGCCACAAACAUCAUGUGGAACACGCCCCCAAGCCACACACCCAUCAUGUGGAACACGCCCCCAAGCCACAACCAUCAUGUGGAACACGCCCCCAAGCCACAACCAUCAUGUGGAACACGCCCCCAAGCCACACACCCAUCAUGUGGAACACGCCCCCAAGCCACAACCAUCAUGUGGAACACGCCCCCAAGCCACAACCAUCAUGUGGAACACGCCCCCAAGCCACACACCCAUCAUGUGGAACACGCCCCCAAGCCACAACCAUCAUGUGGAACACGCCCCCAAGCCACAACCAUCAUGUGGAACACGCCCCCAAGCCACACACCCAUCAUGUGGAACACGCCCCAAGCCACAAACAUCAUGUGGAACACGCCCCCAAGCCACAACCAUCAUGUGGAACACGCCCCCAAGCCACGCACCCAUCAUGUGGAACACGCCCCCAAGCCACAACCAUCAUGUGGAACACGCCCCCAAGCCACACACCCAUCAUGUGGAACACGCCCCCAAGCCACAACCAUCAUGUGGAACACGCCCCCAAGCCACAACCAUCAUGUGGAACACGCCCAAAGCCACAACCAUCAUGUGGAACACGCCCCCAAGCCACAACCAUCAUGUGGAACACGCCCAAAGCCACAACCAUCAUGUGGAACACGCCCAAAGCCACAACCAUCAUGUGGAACACGCCCCCAAGCCACACACCCAUCAUGUGGAACACGCCCAAAGCCACAACCAUCAUGUGGAACACGCCCAAAGCCACAACCAUCAUGUGGAACACGCCCCCAAGCCACACACCCAUCAUGUGGAACACGCCCCAAGCCACAACCAUCAUGUGGAACACGCCCCCAAGCCACAACCAUCAUGUGGAACACGCCCCCAAGCCACAACCAUCAUGUGGAACACGCCCCCAAGCCACAACCAUCAUGUGGAACACGCCCAAAGCCACAACCAUCAUGUGGAACACGCCCAAAGCCACAACCAUCAUGUGGAACACGCCCAAAGCCACAACCAUCAUGUGGAACACGCCCAAAGCCACAACCAUCAUGUGGAACAAUCACCCGGUGAAUCUCACAAUGCACAGAAAGACACGAUUUGAACAAGUGAACAUACUAGAAGCGUCAGCAACAACAGUUCACAGCGGGAGAGAAACAGGGCGCGGGAAGAUAGCAGGUGAGGGAGGCGGUGCAGGUUGA